AUGGCCUGCUGUACUACUAGCUUCUGUGGGUUUCCCAGCUGUUCUACUGGUGGGACUUGUGGCUCCAGCUCCUGCCAGCCCAGCUGCUGCCCCACCAGCUCCUGCCAGCCCAGCUGCUGCCCCACCAGCUCCUGCCAGCCCAGCUGCCACCCCACCAGCUGCUGCCAGACAAGCUGCUGUGUCUCUGGCAGUGGCGCUGGCUGUGGCACUGGUGGUAGCAUUGGUGGUGGUCAGGAGGGUGGUCGCGGAGCUGUGAGCUGUCGCACCAGGUGGUGCCGCCCUGAUUGCCGAGUGGAGAGCUCCUGCCUGCCCCCCUGCUGUAUGGUGAGCUGCAUCCCCCCAACUUGCUGCCAGCUGCACCAUGCCCAGGCCUCCUGCUGCCGCCCAUCCUACUGCGGACAGUCCUGCUGCCGCCCAGCCUGCUGCUGCCACUGUGGCCAGCCCACUGGCUGCCAGAUUACCUGCUCCCAACCCACCUGCUCCCAACCCACCUGCUCCCAACCUACCUGCUCCCAACCCACCUGCUCCCAGCCUACCUGCUCCCAACCCACCUGCUCCCAACCCACCUGCUCCCAACCUACCUGCUCCCAGCCCACCUGCUCCCAGCCCAGCUGCUCCCAAUCUACUUGCUCCCAACCUACCUGCUCCCAGCCCACCUGCUCUGAGCCUACUUGCUCCCAGACCACCUCUUCUGAACCCACCUGCUAA